ACAGAUGCAUGGAUCAAUCACGCAACACAUUUUUCUGGAACAGGUUCAUUUGUGAACUCAUGGAAAUGCAGAACAUUCUGAUCUGAAACGCUGCCCUGGUUUAACACUGAAACUCAUAAUUACAUCGAGCACAUAUAAGGUUUUGUUGUUGUAUCCAUUGGUGACAUAAUGGGUCUUGCUCGUUCACCUUUGCCACCAGACUUGACGCCAAACAAAUCACACACUAAAGCUGAAAGUUCCCAAGGAGACUCCAAAGAUGGCCAAGCCUUCAACAAUGACACAUCUUUACUUCUUUUAACCUGGUGUUUUAUACAGAACCACUUUUGACCGCGACUUAUUGGCAGGUGUAACUUAUAAGCAAUGACGUCAAAUGUUGACCCAUGAACAAAAACGGGCACAGCCACGCGAUGCAUUUCUGUCCCGUGAGAAGUUUUAUAGACCACACAGGAUCCGUCAGAACAACAGGCUCAAUGGCAUGGAACUCCGUACUGAAACAAAGACUGCAGCUCCAGGUCACAAACCAGACAGGAGUCCCCGCUCCUAAAACAUUUCCAAUACAUCAACAUGGAUCAUCCUCUCCAAACACUGGUGCCUAUAGUAACGGCAUGCUUCAGGGGAAGGUCUUAAAAGACUCGAGAAACCCCUCGGAAAUAAAUUCCAGGAAGUCAUUCGCAGCCAAAAAAGCUCUGCUCAUAGCAUGUGGAGUGCGAUGUGUCCUGUCACCACGACCCUCCAACUGCUCCACAUCAUCACCCCAUAAAGAUGAGAAAGACAGGCCUCAUUCCACUUCUGCUCGAGGACAGCAGCUCAGUAGAGACUGUGCUAAAACAGAGAGUGAGCUGAAGGUAUUGGAAACAUACGUAGGGAUAAAAAGAACAGAGAAGAGAGAGAGGGCAAGAAGCAGUGUAUACAGACAGAGAGUCCCUCUGGAUUUAACCCCCAGGCCUUCCACUGCCCCUCUGGGAAUGGGGCGACGAGCACCAGAAACUCCAAUGUGCGAGAUUAUCUGGAGAAGAAAAGAUGACUACAAAGAAACAUCUCAACAUUGUACAGAGGACCUUAGUCUAACUCCAACAUUACAUCUCUAUCUGCCCUCAUCCUACCAGCCCCAUGAGCAGGGAGAAGACGGAGGAGCUGUAGAGGAUAAUAGGUCUCUGGGGUCUAACAAUCAAGAAGGGAUUUCUGGUUUACUUAGCCUUAGGAUGUGGUCACUCUUUAUGACUUUUGGACAUCUGAAACCACGUACUUUUAAAGCGACUCAAAGGAGCAAGACACCAUGGUGGAUCUCAAGGAGCAUGACAUCACCAUGGAGAGCCAAAAACAAGACGUAACCAUCAACAAAACUCAAGAUGAAAGACAAACUGAGUUCACAGAUGUCACACAAUAUGAUAUCACGGAUACCGGUCUGAAUGACAAACAAAAACCAGAAGAAACCUUCGAGAAUGACACGAUGCGAGAAAUUCGCCAACAAGAUGACAACAAUCAACAAGAAAUGCAUUGUCACAUUGAAAGAUUUUUUAACAUCGUAGAUGACAAGCAGGAAUAUGACAUCACAGAGAAAACCGAAGGCAUAUUUAGAAGAACCAAAUCCAACAGAAGUUCGUUUUCCAGGCUAACAAGCAAAACACGUUAUCCAGCCACAGCUACAGCGCUAACAUUCCCAUCAAUCCUGACAGACAGAUAUCCCUCUCCGACCGUUAGCCUCCUGCCGUCAUUUUAUGGCACUUCGUUUGGCUAUCGCAUCAGAACGAUGUCUGAAAACUCCAAAACAAGGACCAGAAAACCCCGCGAUGACAACCGACUUGCACAGUCGACGAAUGACAUGCGACAUUCCAUUGAAAUAAAAGGAAAUCCCUGCUUAUUAAAAACAAGGGCAGGACUGGCAGUCGGCCCCCACCCUGAAAUAAUGAGCAUAGAGAGGGGGUCCCGAACUCGUAAAAUGAAAACCACCAAGACGUUUUUGUCGGGGCCAAAGGGGCCCCAAGAGACUAAGACAGUGUGUGAGCAGCACAGUCCUGAGAACAGGUGGAGAGGCCAGGAUUAAGUCUGACGGCACAAUUGUGUGUGGCCUUUUAUGCCUUUUCAUUAGAGAUUGACUGAAUUAAAGCAGUUCACACAGGCAUGUUAGACCACUCAGACGUGUUAUGGCUUUGGGAACAAGGGUUUUGGCACCAGCUGGAACAUUUUCUUGUUCAAUUAAAGGCCAGCAAAGAGGAAUAGUAGACUUUUUAUGUUUUUGACUCCCAUCUGGUCUUUCUCAUUGAGUGUUGGUUUAGGUAUGUUGACGUAGAUGAUUAUAAAUAUUUCAUGAUUCAAUCCUUGCAGAAUUUUGGUGCAUUUUUCUGUUUCUCUGACUUUAUGCAAAAGUAAUAGAUCAUCUAAAUUAUGUAACAUCCAAAAACCAUGUCUGGUGACUGUUUUUUAGCAAUAGGGAUUGACGAGUUUAUGAAGGUUAAAAGUGAUUUUUAAGCCAUACAGCAUGUGAUUUUGAAAAUAACAGACACAUUAUAAUGAGAUAAAGUGCAAAAUAAAAGAUCAGCUAAACUCUU